AUGACUGACCGACAGGGUGAAAUGGCGAACCACGGCGGCGGGGUUCUGGGCUCGUUCCUGUCGCGACUGGUGCCUCUGCGGGGAGCGGGGUCGCAGCCGUCCCAGAAGGCGCCGUCCCUCAACAAAGUGCCGUCUAAGCCCGCGCCACCCAAGCCCUCGCAGUUGCCCAAGCCCAUGGAAAGCAAGCCCUCUCCCUCCAAGCCACCCCCGCCCCCGGUGGUCCUUCCGAGCAAGCCGUCCCCGGCGUUUCCGCCCAAGCAGGCGCCGUUGCCGCCCAUCACGGGCGCGCCGCUUGCUGCCUCCCACCACUCCACCGGCGCGUGCGCGGUGGGGCUGGCGGAGUCGUCGGCCGCGAGCGCCGCCGCGGCCGCCGCCAGCGACUCGCUGGCCCGCGCGCACGUGAGCGCGGCGUCGCACCCGGGCGCCAGCGCCGUGUCCAGCAUGGCGGCCGGCUCCAGUACCGCCACGGGCUCCACCGACGGCCGCAGCAUGGACAGCUCGGGCUUCGAGCACGUGGGCGGGCGCGCGUGCAUCCGCGUGCCGGCGCUGGGGCUCGUGUACAUCGAGGGCGUCGUGCCCAAGUGGUCCGGCUUCCAGCCCGUCAAGACGCGUGCCACGUCACGCGCCAUGGAGCGCUACGAGAAGCUGGCUAAGCUGGGCGAGGGCAGCUACGGCGUGGUGUUCAAGUGCCGCAACCGCGACACGGGCCAAGUGGUGGCCAUCAAGAAGUUUGUCGAGUCCGAGGACGACCCGCUCAUCCGAAAGAUCGCGCUCCGAGAGAUACGUCUGCUCAAGGUCAGGCACCGCUCUGCAGCCGUGUUCCGGCGGAAGCGGCGGCUGCACCUGGUGUUCGAGUUCUGCGACCACACGGUGCUGGCCGAGCUGGAGAAGUACCCGCGCGGCUGCCCGGAGCUGCUGGUGAAGCAGAUCACGUGGCAGGUGCUGCAGGGCGUGGCCUACUGCCACCAGCACGCGUGCAUCCACCGCGACGUCAAGCCCGAGAACAUCCUGCUGACGGCGCAGGGCGUCGUCAAGCUGUGCGACUUCGGCUUCGCGCGCAUGCUCAGUCCAGGAGAAAACUACACAGACUAUGUGGCAACACGAUGGUACCGAGCUCCUGAACUCCUGGUGGGAGAUACCAUGUACGGACCUCCCGUCGACGUGUGGGCAAUUGGAUGUGUCUUUGCCGAACUUGUGCAAGGUCAAGCACUUUGGCCCGGAAAGUCGGAUGUGGACCAGCUGUACCUUAUAAGGAAGACAUUAGGAGACCUCAUCCCCCGCCAUAUGAACGUCUUCAAGAGCAACGAGUUCUUUUUCGGAGUGAUCCUGCCAGAACCGGAUACAAUCGAGCCUCUCAACACCAAACUUCCCCACAAUAAUCCACAUAUACUCGAUUUUCUAGAGAAAUGUGUGGAUAAGGACCCAAGUAAACGAUGGACGUGUGAGCAGCUUCUUCAGCAUGCAUACUUCAACAACUUCCACUUCAAAAUGCCUGCUUCAGAAGUGGAAGAAUUUGAAAAGCUAAGAAGAUUGCGAGACAGGUCGAGGAAUUCCAGCUAUAGUACAGGCCCAAUGACCCUGCCUCAGCUGCCAAGCAACGCUGCAAGCCCAGAUUUCCGCUCCACAGUGACACAGAAAGGUAAUCAGACAUUUGACCAUCUGCCGACUAUAUGACGGCCUGGCUGGCUGCAGUAACCUACACCUGGACCCGUCAGUGGACCUCGACUGCAGUCAUCAUGCCAAAUACUGAAAUGUACAUUCCCUAAAUCAGACUGAAGAUGUGCAAUCAUCUUUCCAAUUCAGAAAACAUUAAUCCAUCUCAGAGCACAGUUUUCAACUUGACUGUUUCCUUAUGGCUAGUGAAACCUUUCUUUUCAGGCAUUGAAAGAAGUCAACUACGAAGAAUGGCAUUUUACCUCAAAAUGCCUCUCUCCAAACAACUACCAAGACUACACUGAAAGUUGGUUUUGAACGCCUCAAUCUAAAUAAUGUGAUGUUACUGUUAAAGGGAACUCAGUUUUAAUUGUAUAUUUUCAGAAAAUGUUAAUAUAAAUUU